ACAAAGGUGACCAGUAAAGUUCUCUCUGAGCAGCCAAAAAGCAGACAGCUCAUGACUUCUGAUCAGGACACUAAAGUUGUGACUGAACCGCAGGUGCAGCAAGUACAAGAAGUUAAGGACGGUUCUCAUCUAGAGUCAACCAAGGUUUCCGAGUUAAAUCCUAAUGCAAAGGUGUGGGGAAAUCAUAUGUUACACUUGGAAGCAAGUGGUGCCACUGACGGUAGCGUGAGCAAAACGUGGGAAGAAAUACCUGACCAACCUCCAGAUUCUUCUAAAGAAGGACUGGAUGCCAAUGGUGAUGGCGACAAACAGCAUCAGAAUGCAGUGCUGACAGAGCUGCAGGAGCCAUCACCGGCUGUUUCGGUGUCAGACCAGACAGAUAUGAACCCCUUGGCUCUUGACCAUUCUGAUUAUGACUCUAUGCAUGAAACCACCCAGACAGGUGGAAACGAACAAUUGCAGCCAGAAGGUCAGGAAGAUUUACGAGAAUUACUGAAAAAAACACUGGAAUUCUGCUUGUCUAGAGAAAAUCUUGCCAGUGACAUGUACCUUAUAUCACAGAUGGACAGUGAUCAGUAUGUGCCAAUAAUGACAGUAGCAAACCUUGAUCAUGUCAAGAAACUCAGUACUGAUAUGGAUUUGAUUGUUGAAGUGCUGAGAUCAUUGCCUUUAGUCCAAGUGGAUGAGAAGGGAGAAAAAGUUCGGCCAAAUCAGAAUCGCUGCAUUGUGAUUUUACGUGAAGUACCUGAAUCUACCCCCAUUGAAGAGGUAGAAGCACUGUUCAAAGGAGAUAAUUUGCCUAAGUUUAUCAACUGUGAGUUUGCCUAUAAUGACAAUUGGUUCAUCACGUUUGAAUCGGAAGCCGAUGCACAGCAGGCUUACAGAUAUCUCAGAGAAGAAGUGAAAACUUUCCAAGGAAAACCAAUUAAGGCAAGGAUAAAAGCAAAGGCAAUAGCUAUAAACACGUUUUUGCCAAAGAAUGGAUAUAGACCUCUGGAUAUGAACCUCUACACACAGCAGCGCUACACCACGUCCUUCUACUUGCCUCCAGUAUACAGUCCCCAUCAGCAGUUUCCAUUGUACAGCUUAAUUGGCCCACAGGCCUGGUCAGCCACACACAGCUACCUUGACCCUUCAUUGGUUACACCAUUUCCAAAUACUGGAUUUAUCAAUGGGUUCACAUCUCCAACCUUCAAGCCUCCUGCUUCUCCACUGACUACACUCAGACAAUAUCCUCCCAGGAACAGGAAUCCUAGCAAGUCUCAUAUACGACAUACAAUACCCAGUGCAGAAAGGGGACCUGGGCUUCUAGACAGUCCUACAAUAUUCAACUUUUCUGCUGAUCGUUUAAUCAAUGGCGUCAGGAGUCCACAGACGCGGCAGCCAGGACAGAACAGGACACGGAUGCAGAAUGCUACCACGAGUUACACCAAGAGGGAAGUAGGAACUGGACGGAUGGAGCAGACCAGCGUUGACACCUCUCCUGGAUUAGGUAGAGGGAGGAAAAACUCAUACGGCUACCGAAAGAAAAGGGAGGACAAGUUUACAAGAGGCCAAACACAGUCUCCACCACCCCCAAAACCUCCAUCUCCUAGCUUUGAAUUGGGUUUAUCUAGCUUUCCUCCAUUACCUGGGGCUGCUGGCAAUUUAAAGACUGAAGACCUUUUUGAAAACAGACUGUCCAGCGUGGUAAUAGGAACGACAAAAGAAAGAAACAUUAAUGUGGAUGCAAGUACCAACACUAUUCCAUCAGGAAUUCCUCGAGAACCAGUGGUGCCAGUUUCUUCUACACCGCCCAGGACGUUUGAAAGGUCUCCUUCGCCUUCCCAGUCUUCUGAGGAUUCCAAGGUUGUGGAUAAACAGCAGAGAGAGACACAGAGUACAGAAAGGCUUUCUUCUUCCACACUCAGUACUGCAUGUAAAUCGGUACAAGUCAAUGGGGCUGCCAUAGAACUCCGAAAACCAAGUUACGCAGAAAUUUGCCAGAGAACAACUAAGGAUCCUCCUACAUUGCCGCCCCAGAAAGAACAGAAGCCAAACAGUGUAGCAUGUGGGAAAGAAGAAAGAAAGCCCACAGAAACAAUAGAGAAAAACAGAGAACCUCCUCCUGCAAAGUCACAUCCUGGACAACCCAAAGACCAGAGGAGACAGUCAGGACGCAGAUCAUCCCCUCCAGCCGUUGGCAAACGCUUAAAUAAAGAACAGAAUACCCCUCCAAAAUCUCCUCAGUGAAACUAACACCUGGGAGGGAUUUGAAAAGAGGUCUGCUUCCCACAAAUUAAACCCAUAUUCCCACUGAGAUACCUGAGAAUGAGUUGCUGGUUAGGAGCUUGCAGUGAUACCAGGC